GUAUUUCAGAUGUGUGGACUGAGAAUAACCAUUCAUGUGCGUAUUAAGCUGCUGGAACUGAAUGACCCUACGGUUUUCUAAAUUAUGAGAUCACACAGUCGUUGAAUGACAUUCAUUUAAGAAGGACACAGUGCUACAUGCAGAAAAGGGAUGUGGCACAAUGUAUUGCCAUCGCGGAUCAUGUCGUGACAGUUCAAACGUCCUGGGUUCGUAUGUUGUUAAACAGAGAGCAUCACUGCAGCCCACAAUGGAGAAUGCUGGUUAGGCUACAAUAUUGCAGCCCGUUGAAUAAGUGAUGCAAAUCGCCGGAAAUGUCUUCGGAGGUCCUGAAUAAGUGGUUUGGAAGGCGCCUCUCCCAGGCCAGGCAGUACAUCAUGUACCACAAAUCCAGACUGAAGCCUGUGCCCACCGAAGACUGUGACAUUGUCAUGACCUUCCCAGACAACAUAGAUGACCAUACUUUGUUAUGGCUUCUCAACCAAAUCAGACUGGGCAUUCCACAAAUUAUCGUACACAUAAGAUACCAUAAACACAUCCGGGGGUUUGCUUUCUUCAUCACCACCACUUUUGAGAACUUGUUAAGAGGUGCAGAGCAAAUAGGAAUGUACAAGCAGGUCAAGUCUGAAUAUGGAGGUGGAAUACGCCGAUUUUCAUGUGAGGAAGACACUAUAUAUGAACACAUAGAGAGUGAGCUAUGUUUCUUCACAUCACAGGAACGCCAGACUAUCAUUAAAUAUUGGCUGGACAACCUCCGUGCCAGACAAGGGGAUGUCCUUCACAGCAUUCACUUCCUGGAGGGCCAGCCAAUUAUACCAGAGCUGAAAACAAGGGGUGUAAUCCUCCAGAUGUUUCCUCUUCAUGAUCAGCGGAUUCUUAGCCAGCUUAUUACCUCCUGGGUUCAGGCUGUCUGUGAGAGACAACCCCUUGAUGAUAUCUGUGGUUAUUUUGGGGUUAAGAUUGCCAUGUACUUUGCGUGGUUGGGUUUCUACACCAACUCCAUGCUCUAUCCUGCGGUCAUUGGCCUACUGCUGUGGAUGCUCUCGGAAACAGAUCAGAAAAGCCAAGACAUCUGCUGUGUUGUCUUUGCCCUCUUCAAUGUCAUAUGGGCCACACUCUUCCUGGAACGGUGGAAAAGAAGAGAGGCAGAGCUGGCGUUUAAGUGGGGAACUCUUGACACGCCGGCAGAGUCGAUCGAGGAGCCCCGACCACAGUUCCGAGGUGUGAAGCGCAACAGCCCUGUGACGGGCUGUGAGGAGCUUUACUACCCUCCCUGGAAGAGAAACGUGUUCAGGUGGCUGGUCAGCCUCCCUGUGUGUCUCCUCUGUCUGUGCUUUGUGUUCUUGGCCAUGUUCAUCUGCCUCGAGCUUCAGGAGCUUGUGAUGGAAAUGAAAGAGCUUCCCAGCCUCACUAGAUUUCUUCCUAAAGUCAUUCUUGCUGUAACAGUAUCCACGUGUGAUGAGGUGUACAAGAAGAUAGCCCUUUGGCUCAAUGACAUGGAAAAUUACAAACUGCAGAGUGCCUAUGACAACAAUCUCAUUAUCAAAUUGGUCUUUUUUCAGUUCAUAAACUCAUACCUCAGCCUGUUCUACAUUGGGUUCUACCUCAAAGAUAUGGAACGACUGAAGGAGAUGUUGGCCACCCUCUUAAUUAUCCGUCAGUUCCUGCAAAACAUUAAGGAGGUGCUACAACCCUAUCUGUAUGAACACCAAAAAUUGCGUGAAUUCACCUUAAGGACUGUGUGGGAGGUCUUGCAGACCUCUAUUUACAAAUAUGUAGCUUUAGGCAAGGCAUGGAUGACUAGCGAAGCUCUGGACAAAAAGGAGAAGUCCGAGGCCUCUGGGAAGCCUGAGAAGAAGGGAAGGAAAUGUCUACUGGCUGGAUACAGAAACACUCAGGCUGAAGAAGGAGACGAAGAGAACACCCUCAAACAGAGGAAAGUCAGCUUCACCGAGAAGGUGAAAUACAAAGGCAGUGUGUCUGGCACGAAGACUGGACGCAGCCUCCUAGACGAUGACAGUCCCACUCUGGUUGAGGAAGGAGCUGACUGUGCCACCGUUUUUGAGAUCUCUGACAAUGAUUCUGACACGGACUCUGGGGAGGCCAGCAAGGAUCCCCCUGGUAAUGUUCACCCUCUGCCGUUGUCAUCUGGGUCAAAAACCAACGUCUCUCUCCCCCCAAGACCAAAAGCAACUGCCGAGUCAGAAACAGAAAGCAAGAAAGCAUCCUGGAUGGAACCACCAGAUGAAAAAGAAUCUCCCACUCUGACCCAGCCUGAGAUUGAGAGCUGCAUGCUGACAUAUGAGCAGGGCACCCUUCAAGAUUACCAGGAGAUGUUCAUCCAGUUUGGAUAUGUUGUCCUCUUUUCCUCGGCAUUUCCCUUGGCAGCCAUGUGUGCUCUCAUCAACAACAUCAUUGAGAUCCGUAGUGAUGCUCUGAAACUGUGCACGGGUCUGCAGAGGCCAUACAGCCAGAGAGUGGAAAAUAUUGGACAAUGGCAGACAGCCAUGGAGGCAAUGGGUCUAAUUGCCAUUAUAGUGAACUGCUACCUGAUUGGCCAGUGUGGUCAGAUCCAGAGGCUAUUCCCUUGGCUGAGCCCUGAAAUGACCAUCGUCUCCAUCGUAAUUCUGGAGCACUUUGCCAUUCUUCUUAAGUAUGUCAUCCAUAUGGCCAUACCGGAUAUUCCUGGCUGGGUUGCAGAUGAGAUGGCCAAACUCGAAUACAAGCGCCGGGAGGCUUUGAAGCGACAUGAGCGACAGGCUCAGCAGCAGUACCAGCUUCAGCUGAGGAAGAAGAGAGAGGAAGAGGAGCUGAGAUUGGCUGAGCAACAAGCCCGGCAGGAAUGGGACCAAGAAAGGGCUGAGACCCCAGAAUCCCCCGUAGGCGAAGAGGCCCAGCAUGACAGAGGGCUGGUAGUAGGAAAGCCUGGAGGGGACAAACCUAAGAGACCCAGUUCACUGUUGACCAGUAAUAAUGUGCUGAAGCUGAAGCAGAUGAUUCCCUUGCAGGGGAAGUUCACAACCCUCUCUUCUCCCACAGGUGGCGAACCCAAACUUCCAGGGUUCCUCAACUUCAAAUUCCUCAAAUCCCCUGAGAUGAAGAAAGACCCAGCAGCAGCCAUCUCUGCAGCUGCGUCUUCAAAUCAGGAAAAAUCACAGUCUCCCAGCAAGUCCUUUAACCCGGGGAAACUUUUCCAUUUUACCAAGUCGGACGGGACAGAUCAGCAUUCUAAAGCAGCGGACAGCACUAAGACCACCAGUGGACAACAAUCACACCACCAGAACACAACACCAGAGCAGCUGACCUCCCAGGAGGACGAUGGUGAAGAGUCCACAGAUUCAGAUGCAAGUCCUUUUAAAAAACUGUGACAAGUCCUCAUAUAGCUAUGUAUGUUUAGCAGCAAUAUGCACACAGCGGCAGCACAGACGUGCCAACUGGUACAUUAGAAUGUUAGCUUGCUUAAACAAGGCAUGAUGAAUUAAAUGUAAAUCUAUAAAUGUAUGUCUAAUUGCAUGGCACAAAACUGUUAAAAUAUGCACAGAACAUUGCAGUUUCAGUGUUUAUCACCAAGACAUUUUGAAUUUCACUUCUUUAUGUGAAGUUUUUUGUGCCAAUUAUUGAAUAUAUUCCAUGAAAUCUCUAUACUGUACAUUUUAUUUGAAAAAUAUAGUUUAAAGACAUUCUAUUUUUCACUGAUAUUUUUUCCAAUAUACUUUCUUUUUACAAUGACCAAAAUAAAUAAAAAAAAUACAAACUGUCCUGAUUUUAUUAUUUAUUAUGACUACCCCAUGGUCAGGACACAAUAAAGUUUUUUUUUGUUGUGGUUGUGAAAUAUUGAUAAAUUGAAUGCUAUGAUUAGCAGUAAAAACAAGACGACUGAUAGAUAAAUGAACC